GCGACCCUCAGCCAGUCGAGUCCCCGCCUCGAGUGGUAACUUUCCAAAUUUACCAUUUUUUUUCUUCGAUUUCAACGACAAUUAAUGGCUCGGAGCUCUUAUCCUACCGAGUCCACAAGGUGUCUUUGGAGAAGGUGUGACUAACGGCCACAACCCCAAUCGAAACUCCCAUCAGUGAUGCCCAUAACCCGUAUCCAUAUCUGAUCCAAUUUUGUAAUUCAGGCGACUUUUCUUGCUGAGCCAUACCGUUUGUGCCAGAAUGAAGGAUCUUUUACAACAGUUGGCUGUCGCGCUCUGUUUGUGCGCGUGCAGCCUCGUGACAGCUAACGUGCAGGAUUAUUCCGAGGAAGAUGCGAUGAUACUGGAACUGAUUCGCCAGGACGGAACCGAACCCGAGUCCGGUUCCCUGCCACCCGCGGAGUUCCUCAGAUGUAACAAGGCUGCGUGGCGAAUCCCCGGCCAGUACCUGGUGGUCCUCCAGAGCGGGACCCACCAGACCCAUGUCCAGAGGACCAUCCGGAGGCUGCAGGCCAAGGCCGUCAGAAGAGGGUAUCUUCUAGAGGUCCUCCACACCUUCUCUGGAGCCUUCAACGGCUUCCUGGUCAAGAUGAGCAGUGACGUUCUACACUUGGCGGUGAAGCUACCUCAUGUUGACUACAUAGAGGAGGACUCGUUCAUCUUCGCUCAGAGCAUCCCCUGGAACCUGCAGCGGUUAACACAGCCUUCCACUGAGGCUAAUGACUCUGGGAAAUACAACCCAGCCAAUGAUGGAGGCAUGGCGGAGGUGUACCUGUUGGAUGGUAGCGUGCAGAGCUCCCACAGGGAGAUAGAAGACCAGAUCCUCAUCACAGACUUCUCCAACAUCCCCGAGGAGGACGGAGUCCGAGUCCACAGACAGGCUAGCCAGUGUGAGAGUCACGGCACGCACACGGCCGGCGUGGUGAGUGGGGGGCGGGACUCCGGCGUGGCGCGCGGCGCCGACGUGAACCUGGUGCGAGUCCUCAACUGCCAGGGCAAAGGCACGGUGUCGGGCGCUCUGGCAGGGCUGGAGUACGUCCGUGCGGUCCUGGUGGCCCGUCCGGUGGCCUCCGUGGUGGUGUUACUACCCUUGGUUGGCGGGCUCAGCCGCUCGCUGAACACGGCGUGCAGGCAGGCGGUGGCAGACGGGGCCGUGCUCAUCGCUGCUGCCGGGAACUUCCUGGACGACGCCUGCCUUUACUCACCAGCCUCAGAGCCAGACGUGAUCACCGUGGGCGCCGUCAACGCUGAGGACCAGCCCAUGGCCCUGGGGGGCGGGGGCACCAACGCGGGCCGCUGCGUCGACCUCUUCGCUCCCGGAGACGACGUCGUCAGCGCCAGCAGUGACUGCGCCACCUGCUUCACCUCUCGCUCCGGGACCUCCGCGGCCGCUGCUCAUGUCGCUGGCGUAGCCGCAGUGAUGCUGUCCGCCCGUCCCAACGCCUCGUCUGUGGAGAUCCUCCAGAGGAUGCUGGCUCAUGCCCUCCCAGGCGCCAUCAACCCUUUCUCCCUGCCAGAGCCCCUCCGUCUCACCACCCCCAACCUGGUGGUGGCGCUGUCCCCCUCUGAGACAGCCCAGACACUCUGUGAGCUGCUGUGUCGGUCUGUGUGGUCUGAGAGGUCAGGGCUCAGUGCCGGCGACAGGGCGGCGGCUCGCUGUCGUUACGGCGAGGAGAUGAUGGGCUGCACCAGCUAUGCUCCGGAAGGGGGUCGCAUGGGAGAGACCAUCUCGGAGCAGGGAGGGCACAGGGAGUGCGUGGCCCAUAACGGGGGCAAAGGGGCGCACGCCAUCGCCCGCUGCUGUGUGCUGGACGGUCUGCAGUGCCAGGUCCACGCCAGCCCCCAGCCCGGGCAGGACACACCGUGUGUCAGCUCCCAUCACCACCUGACUGGCUGCAGCUCUCUCUCCGCUGCACAGUAUACGUCUGACUCUCGCCCUCGCCAUGGUGACCGAAAACGUUGCGUGACAACGGAGCGGGUGAUAUCAGACGCGGUCUGCUGCCACGCCCCCUCCCUGGAAUGCCGCGUGCUGGAGCAGGAAGCCGUCAGAGAUAACGAGCAGGUGGCGCUGUCCUGUCCCCCUGGCUGGACUCUCACCGACUGCACCGCCUCCUCUCUCGGCUCUGCGGCCCGGGGUCCCAUCGCCAGGGGCAACGCCUGCCUGGUCCACCGUGCCGCGGGGGUUGGUGAGGAAGCGUUAGUCACGGCAACCUGCUGCCGCGUCAGCCAAUCACGGCCGCCCACCGGCCCCAAACACUGACAGGCUACUCCCACCCACCUCGUUGUCGUCACCAUGGAAACGGCAAAUGCACACAAGCGGGUGGUCUUUUCGGUUUCCUGACCGUUCUAAAUGUACCUGCCCCCCCGACCACUUCCAGCUCAACCACUCUUCAGAAACAUGGGUUUUAUUCUACCGCGGCUGGUCUUACACAUUUUCAGUAUUUUUUUCUGUAGGAAAGUCUAGAAUGUGAACGUUAUGUAUGAAACUAUGUCUAUUAUGCAUGGAUUUAAUUUCUUACCAACUGUCCUUGAGUAUUUUGUACCAUUAUAUACAUUUACAUGACUUUUACAAUAAAAUAAAAUCUGUGCAUCAUUCUUGAAUUCAUCUUCUCAUUUUGAUUCGGCAGUGUCAUCUCGCUCAAAAAACAAAACCACGUUUGCAAAACGUUGUGCAUUCCAGUUUAUUUUAUAUCAAAUUUCCCCAUAAUCAAACUCCAAUGUACAAAUUAAAACUGGGUUUUAACAUGCAUUGCCCCCGUCAGACAGACGUUCAGCAGAAGUGAAUGUUCAAAACUGAAUGACUGAAUAAAAACCUAUCCAGUCUUCCCCCCCCCCCCCAUUCCUCCCCC